AUGGACCUGAAUUUGCAACAUGGAUAUGUUGUGAAGGAAUGUGCACCUUUGAAAGAAGUUCAUAAAGAAGUGAAGAUGACUGAAGAAAAUUAUGGAAAAAUAGAUAUGGGAAGUAAACAAACAAGCCAUAUUAAACCUUCUUAUGGACCUUGGACUAUGGCUCCAGUAGCAGCAAUUGAGACUAAUCGGAUUAUUCUGAAUUCAACCAGAGAUAAAAAUUUGAUCCAUGAUCUCCCAGAUGAAGUUAAUAGCAAUGCUCAUGUUGAUCAAAUAGAAGAAGGUGGAAAAGAUAAAGGAAAAUUUAUAGAGCAGAUAACUCAAUUUCCAGAUAUGAUGGAGAAGAAUUUUCAAAUUACUGGAAAUUCUACUAGCUCUAAUCCAGAACCAACUCAGAAUUUUCUAAACAAUAUAGAGGGGAAGAGUUGCUUGCGAACUCAGAAUUCUUCUGCAGCUGAUACAGAAAAAAUUUCUGUUAUUAACUCUCUGAGUACACAGAAGAAGGAAAAUUCUUCUGAAAUUAUUCCAGAUAAUUUUAUAACAGAGAGUGUUGUUAUUGAUCUCCAAAGCAAUAACAGGGGGGCUAGGAAGGUGGUAGCCUCCAGGUAUUUGAAAGAAAUUGUUAAAGAUACUGAAGCUCUAUUUGUGGGUCUUAUGGAAACUAAUGUUUCUUCCAUGGAUCCUAAGGAAGUCAAAAAUUUUGUUGGUGAAUUAUGGGAUUAUUAUCUGUUUCCUGCAGCUGGAUUAUCCGGUGGUGUUAUGAAUUGUUGGAGGCGUGACUUAGCAACUUUUGAAGUAAUGGAAGCCAAUGAACAAGUAGUGGUGGGGAAGCUUAAUAUCAAAAACCACCAAUCAUGGAUGAUUGCUACGGUGUAUGGUAGCAGAGAAAACUGCAAAAGAAGGCAACUUUGGAAUUAUCUGGAAAAUUGUAUUGAUAAUAACUUUCCAUGGAUUAUAGGGGGUGAUUUCAAUUGUAUAAUUUCUCAAAAUGAGAAGAAAGGAGGCAAGAAGUUUAUGCAUUCACAAGGCUCACAAGACUUGAUUUCUUUCAUGAGUAGAGGAGAACUACAUGAGGUUGGAUUUAUGGGUCCAAAAUACACUUGUUGUAAUAACAAAAAUGGAAGAGGUAGGAUUUUGGAGAGAUUGGACCGAUGUCUUCUCAACUGUGCUGCUCUUAAUAUUCUCCAAACGGCGGUGGUGAGGCAUAUAGCAAGAGUAGCAUCGGACCAUUAUCCAAUAGCUAUUAAUAUAUUGGCUUCCAAGAUUAAAAAGAAGAGGAAUUUUGUAUUUGAAGACACUUGGCUGUCUUAUAAGGCAUCGCACUCAGUGGUUCUAGCCUCUUGGAGAAAAAAUUCAAAAGAUGAGAAGAGCAUUGAAGAUGUAUUCAUUGAUUUCUUGAGCUGCAAAUGGAAAUCAAAGAUAUGCAAAUUAGAUGGAUGGCCAGAACCUUCAAACAAAUUGGAUGAAGAAGAUUGGAAAACUCUGUGUAAAGAAUUUUCUUUAAAGGAGCUGGAGGAUAUAAUCACAAUUUUGGGAUCCAAUAUUGCACCAGGUAUUGAUGGCAUCACUUAUUCUUUUAUCAAUUCUUAUUGGCAAAUCAUAAAAGAUGAUGUUUGGGCUGCUAUAAAAGAAUUUUUUCAUUCGGGUUCUCUAUGUCCUGGUUGGAAAGAGACCAAUGUAGUUUUAACUCCCAAAGUAGAGAAUCCAAAGAAUCCUGUUAAUUACCGACCAAGAAGCAUGUGUAAUGCUAUUUAUAAAAUUGUGGCCAAGAUGUUAUUAAAUAGGAUGAGUUUCUUAUUUCCUAAAAUCAUCUCAGAAGAACAACAUGCUUUUAUCAAGAGUAGGUCUAUGUCUGAUCAAGUUCUUCUUGCUCAAGAAUUGUUUAACAAGUUUAGACAUUCUAAAGCUAAGGAAGGUAUGGUGGCUAUCAAAGUUGAUAUGGAACAGGCAUAUGACAUCAUGUGUUGGCCUACUUUGGAAAAAGUUUUGGAUUGGUUUGGAUUUCCAAAAAAAAUUUCUAAAUUAAUUUUGGAAUGUGUUGUUAAUCCAAAAUUCUCCAUUUUGAUUAAUGGUGGAAGUUCAAAAUGGAUAGAGGCUGGUUGUGGAUUUAGACAAGGAUGCCCUUUAUCUCCAUUCCUUUUCAUCUUGUGUUCUCAACUUUUGACGGAAGAAUUUGGGCAUUUAGGAAAGAAGAUUUGUGUAAGAAUCAAUUCAAAUGGACCAUUGAUCUCUCACUUAAUGUAUACCGAUGAUAUUAUGAUAUUCUCUAAAGCUAAUAAGAAGUGUUUGAAGAAAGUUAUUAAGAUCUUGAAGAACUAUUGUAGUUGGACAGGACAAAAGGUUAACCUUCUAAAAUCGGCUGCUGUUUUUAGUAAAAAUGUGAAAAAGAGCAAAUGCAAAUCUCUUCUCAAAGUUAUAAACUUUAAAAUGGUGAAAGAAAUGGAAUAUUUGGGUGUCAAGAUUGCUCUUAGAAGGCUGGUCAAAUCUGAUUUUAACAAAAUUAUUACAAAAUCUGCUGCUAAGAUGAAUAUAUGGGGUACUAAGUUCAUUUCUCUUGCUGAGAAUUUCUUUGGAAUAAAAGAGAUGGUAGUUAUGGAAUGCAUUAUGUGUCUUAGAGCUCUUUGUGUAAACCAAAAAAAUAAAGGAGGUUAUGGUUUACAAUCAAUAGUGGAGAAAUUGGGUCCUUUGAGAUCUAAAUAUGCAUUGAAAUUUAUUAUUAAACCAAACUCUCUGCUAAACAGAGUUCUAAAAGCCAAAUACGAGAAUGAUUUAUGGAAUGUUGCUAACAGAGCUAGCUGGUCUUCUACCUGGAAAUUGAUCCAGAAAGGCUCGGAACAUCUACUUCCCAUUAUGAGAUGGAGGAUAGUUAAUGGUAUAAAAGUAGAUACUUUCAAAGAUACAUGGAUUCUGGAUAAAACUAUAAAGAAAUGGCCUACUUUUGUUACAGUUUUAGAUCCAGAAUUUUUUCAUGUGUCGGUUUUCUUGUCUGAAGGAGCGUGGAACAGAGAAAAAUUGAAGCAAUGUUUUGGUCUUUCUCUUAUUGAAUUGAUUGUCUCAAUUCCUAUUCAUUCAGAUCAAGAUGAAGAUGAGAUUGAGUGCAUUCAAAAACUAUCUGGCAGAACUAUAACAAAUCUAGCUUAUGAGAAAAAUUUUGAAAACAUUGGAAUAGAUGAAAGCUACAGAUGGAGAAAGAAACUGAAACUUAAGCCAAAAAUUGAUAUAUUAUGGUGGAGAUUAAGCAAAAAUAGCAUUCCUACUUAUGCAUUUCUUUUAUACAGGAGACUAGCUGAAAGUGGAGGUUGCCCGAGAGGUUGCAUGGAGUUGGAAGAUACAGAACAUGUGAUUUUUAAAUGCUAUUUGGUUAAAAAGUUUAUAAAAUUGCUGGCUGAUUGGCAUUUUAUAAUUCCAGAUUUUGAUUCUCUAGCUGGUUGCUAUCAGGUUUUACAGAACUUGGCUUCUUCAAAUCCUUUUCUUGGAAAUCUACUUUGUUCAGUAGUGUUCUACUGCUGGAAUAGUAGAAACAAAUUUGUCCAUGGAGGGAAAGAUGACACCGGUUACACUAUUGCUACAAGAUCCAUUAUACAAACUGUAUCAUCAUUUGAUACUUGUUUAAUCCGGAAUAACUGGGAUGCUAAUAAGCUAUUUAAGCUGUCUAAAUCUUCUUGA